GACUUUGUCAAUCCUGCACUGUCCACGCUGGGAAGAACGUGCACUUUCCACACUGUGACACGCCGCGCGUUCCCUGGAGUUCGGCUCUUUCCCCCAUUUUCAACUCUGUUCUUCUGGACUUUUACCGAAGUUUGGGGGAGAUACGAUUUUGGUGUGGAAACUCUACUGCUGCAGGCAACAGCAAUGGAAGGACAGUGCUUCUACAAUGAAACAAUUGCCUUUUUCUACAACAACAGUGGAAAGUACCUGGCCAGCGAAUGGAACGCGGUCAGCAAGCUAGUGAUGGGGCUCGGCAUCACAGUCUGCAUCUUCAUCAUGUUGGCCAACCUGCUGGUCAUGGUUGCCAUCUACGUGAACCGCCGGUUCCACUUUCCCAUUUACUAUCUCAUGGCCAACCUGGCAGCGGCAGACUUUUUUGCUGGCCUGGCAUAUUUCUACCUGAUGUUUAACACAGGUCCUAACACACGGAUGCUGACCGUGAGCACCUGGCUAUUACGACAGGGACUGAUUGACACCAGCCUGACAGCCUCAGUUGCCAACCUGCUGGCUAUCGCCAUUGAGCGGCACAUCACGGUCUUCCGUAUGCAGCUGCACACACGCAUGAGCAACCGCCGAGUGGUGGUGGUUAUUGUCAUUAUCUGGACCAUGUCUAUUGUCAUGGGCGCCAUCCCUAGUGUGGGCUGGAACUGUAUUUGCGACAUUACCACCUGCUCCAGCAUGGCACCUCUCUACAGCAACUCCUACCUGGUCUUCUGGGCAGUCUUCAACCUGGUCACGUUUGUGGUCAUGGUGGUACUCUACGCCCACAUAUUUGUGUACGUGAGACAGCGGACCAUGAGGAUGUCCCGGCACAGCUCUGGACCACGACGGAACCGCGACACCAUGAUGAGCCUGCUGAAAACCGUUGUCAUUGUUCUAGGUGCCUUCAUCAUUUGCUGGACUCCAGGCCUGGUUCUGCUGCUGCUGGAUGUCUUCUGCAGCAAGUGCAACGUGCUGGACUUUGAGAAGUUCUUCCUUCUCCUGGCAGAGUUCAACUCGGCCAUGAACCCCAUCAUCUACUCGUACCGGGACAAGGAAAUGAGUGCCACCUUCAGGCAAAUCCUAUGCUGCCAGCGGCAGGAGAACGUUAACGGGACGGUGGAGGGCUCGGACCGCUCCGCUUCCUCUAUCAACCACACUGUCCUGACCGGACCACACAACAACGACCACUCUGUGGUGUGACCUCUUCCUCCUUGACCGCGUAGGACCUGCGUCGUGGGAGGAGCAGGAGGGAAAGAAAGAAUGGAAGGAAAAAAAGAGCGCAAAUACUGGGAUGGUAUGAAAGAGAUGCGUUCCUGCUCUACUGGAAGCUAAAAAGGGGCAUUUUGCCAGCAAGGACAGCAUUGUCAUGCUUUUAGGGUUUUUAAAGUUUUGUCGUCGGGCUUUUGUUUCAUUUUCAAGGUAAUAUCGGCUUCAAACUGACAUUCUAUGAACUAUUUAAGGACUAAUGGAAGACAUGAAGGAUGCCAGUAUGCCGUCCAAAGCUGACUUUCCCUUCCCCUCGCUAGGUUUUCUGUGUUGUGCCGUCUCACCACUAGGGUUUACCAUGUUUAAGGAGCCGUUUCCAUCUACCGCAAAGCGCACCCCCCCCCCCACAAGCGGUGUCAUGGAUCUAUGACUACCAGAAGAGAGUAUUAAUUUUUUUUCUUCAUUCAGACUGAAAUCACACUAAGCAGCUGUUUUAAUCCUAAUGCAAACUAAUGUUCUGUAUUUUUCCCUCCCAGGGAGGGUCUUUCUAAGCCCUUUGCGGUUGAUGACAUUUUUCUCCUUUGCCAAUUUACUGGACCGCUGAGAUGGGUGGUGGAGCUACGGCCCCAGCUGUUCAACUCUCAUCAAUUACAUUACAUAACCGUAACUCUUCACAUUACUUUGUUAAUAAGGUAGAGUUAAUAAGACCAGGCUGUGGUAGGAACGCAGAUCCUUAAAUAAGCCUUUGUGCUCUUCCCAUCUGCAUGCAUGGGGAGGAGAUGCUCCCUGUCUCGAUAGGGCCGAUUCCUUGUUACUUUUUAAGUACAUUUCCAUAACUGCCUUUAAAGUAUAUAUUUCUUUCCAUUUCAAAAAAUUAAAUGAAUUUAAAUGUCUGUGUAAUUUGAGGUUAGGCUCAAAACAAAGUAAGUAUCUGUGUUGAUCUGUACUUUCUAUAUCCGUGUAUGUAUGUAUGUAUAUAUAAAAUAUAUAUUCAAAGUUGUUACUUAAUCAAAAAGGGACAGUUUAAAAAGUCGAAUUCUCAAACAGAACUACUGUGUGUAUUGUUCUGUUUUCAUUCCACAUACUAUGGCCCUGGUCCAACAGCGGUUUAAAACCACUGCAGUUUGUUAUUGACCAAGACUGAUUUAUUAAAGCAGGUGUUAGUCGUCUCAUAGUUGCUUGCUCAACACUAAGAUGAAAUGAACCAGAAACAUUUUGUAAGCAAUUAAAAAAGGUCAUUCUUGCCUGAUGUUGUUUGUCUAGGUUACCAACAAAUUGCAGUGUGUGUGGUUUCACACUGCUGGGUGAAUUUCUGCUAUAAAUAGUUUCUCUUCUCACUCGUUUUUGCCGUGCGGUUGCAUUUAUUCUCAGGCCAAAUGUAGAUUAAAGAAAUACAUUUAAAAUGCUUCAAAGCUGUAUUUAAGUUCACUUCACAGAGAUUACAGAUUAGAUUCUUAUUUAAAAAUUUAAAUUGUUUUGCAAAAUGGCCCGAAAGGUGGACAGAUGUCUGGCGUCCUCCAGAGGUCCACUCAGUCAAGACCUUUAAUAAAGUUGCCUGAAAUGAUUUGUCAAAGUCUACUUUAAAAUGAACAGUACCAAAUAAACAAAGCAGUUCUGACAGUUGUAUUGUGUGUC